AAGCUUUAGACAUGGCCGUUGGCAAGAACAAACGACUUAGUAAGGGAAAAAAGGGAUUGAAAAAGAAGAUUGUUGACCCUUUCACCCGAAAGGAUUGGUAUGAUGUCAAGGCCCCAUCUAUUUUUGCAAUUAGGAGUAUCGGUAAGACCUUAGUUAACCGAACACAAGGUCUAAAGAAUGCCAAUGAUGCAUUAAAAGGUCGCGUUUUUGAAGUUUCGCUGGCCGAUUUGAAUAAAGAUGAGGAACAAGCAUACCGAAAGAUCAAGCUCAGAGUUGAUGAAGUACAAGGCAAAAAUCUAUUGACCAACUUUCAUGGUAUGGAUUUUACUUCUGACAAACUGAGAUCACUGGUCCGAAAGUGGCAGUCCCUCAUUGAAGCACACGUUGAUGUCAAGACCACUGAUGGCUACCUGUUACGUCUCUUCGCUAUUGCUUUCACCAAAAGGCGACCAAAUCAGAUCAGUAAGACCAAUUACGCCCAGUCAUCUCAAAUUCGUCAAAUUCGCAGGAAGAUGUUUGAUAUCAUGACUCAAGCGGCUACUUCGUGUGAUUUGAAAGAAUUGGUGCAAAAAUUUGUGCCCGAAUCAAUUGGUCGUGAGAUAGAAAAAGCUUGCCAAGGAAUCUAUCCACUUCAAAAUGUAUACAUCCGAAAGGUGAAGAUCCUCAAGAGUCCUAAAUUUGACAUUCAAAAGUUGUUGGAGUUACAUGGGGAUAAUACUGACACUGGUUCUAAAGUGGGUGGUGGAAAAGAUUUCAAAGAGCCUGAAAUUCAGGAAUCAGUUUAA